UUGCGUUCUUAAAAUUAUAAAAUAGUGUCAGAAAAUUUCACACUUGUAAACACGCUUGAAUCCUAUAGUAAAAAUAGUGCGGUAUCGACGAGGAAUUAUCGUUCGAGAGGUAAAGAAAAAUGCCGGAAUUAACCGAACUAGAUAAAGCUGCCAGUUCUGAGCCCACAAAAAUUGAGGCUGCAAGAGUAGGAGUUGGGUCUGGCACUGAUUCAGAUUCGGAUGAUACCAUUCCAGAAUUAGAAGAUGCCAGUGUCGGUGGUGCUGCUAGUUAUCCAGCAGCAGCAAUUGCUGGACUUCCUCUUGACAUGGUCUCUAAAGCUAAACAGAGCCGUGGAGAGAAGAAAGCUAGAAAAUUAAUGAGCAAGUUAGGAUUGAAGCCGGUACAAGGUGUCAAUAGGGUAACCAUUAGGAAGUCGAAGAACAUAUUGUUUGUCAUUAAUAAGCCGGACGUUUUGAAAAAUCCAGCUUCAGAUAUUUAUAUUGUAUUUGGAGAAGCUAAGAUUGAAGACUUAAGUCAACAAGCUCAAGUUGCAGCUGCUGAGAAAUUUAAAGAACCACCUGUGAUUCCUGCAACAGAAGCUGGUGGCAGCACAACGGUUGUCGCUCCAAUACAAGAAGAAUCGGAAGAAGAAGUGGAUGACACGGAUGUGGAAGAGAAAGAUGUGGAUUUGGUAAUGUGCCAGGCUAACGUAUCUAAAGGCAAAGCUAUUAAAGCUCUUAGAAAUAAUAAAAAUGACAUUGUCAAUGCUAUUAUGGAAUUGACAAUGUGAUGAAGCUUUUUAGAAAUGGUUAUGCUAUGGUAUGACGAAGCCUGCAUUUUGAAGUCACUGUUGAAUCAUCUAUGCAUCAUAAAAAAAACUCAUUAUUUCUUUCUUUCUAUCAUUGCAUUGCAAGAAUUCACAUAAUUCCGUAAGACGAAAUCUCAUAAAAAUAUAUAGGCCAGGCGAUCUUUUUCGGGAAUCUAAAUUUACGUGUAUGUACAUAAUUCAUACGGAAUUAACAAAUAAAUACAUUAAGGACAUGGUA